AUGGGGCGAUAUGGCGGAGCACCAGGAGAAGUCCCCAUUACGUGGGAUUUUGUUAAGACAGCAUUUCUAAAGAGGUUCUUUCCCAGAGAACAAAGAGAGUCUAUGGUUAUGGAAUUCAUCAACUUACGACAGGGAGGUAUGUCAGUUAGGGAAUACUCCUUGAAGUUUGUUAAUCAUUCCAAAUAUGUUUCUUCUGUGGUGUCGAAGAGCAGGGAUGAGAUGAGAAUAUUUGUGACUGGUGUGUCGGAGGAUUUGGAGGAGGAAUGUUGGGAAGCGAUGUUGCAUGAUAACGUGAACCUUUUUAGGAAGAGAGACCGAGAGAGCAAGAAAUCUAGGCCCUUGGAUCAGUCCAAUUCUAGCACUGGCAAUAAUUCGUUUGGAUUUCGAGAUAGGGCCAAGUUAAAUAAGGGGCACAAGAACUCAGGUAAUAGCACUCCGUCUAAGAACACUAAUUCCAAGGAGGGCAAUGAUAAAAAUGACCAGCAUGAUAGGAAGUCGUGUGAAAAGUCUGGUCGUUUGCAAGGAGGUGACUUUCUAGUAGGUACUAAUAUCUUCUAUGGGUGCGGCAAGAGUGAGCAUAUGGUCGGGGACUUCCCACAGAUAAAGAAUUUUUCCAGGACAGAUUCUCAGCCUCGGCCUAAUCCUACAACGGCAGCCGAACCUCCAAGGAGGAACAUAUUCUAUGCUUUGAAAGGUAGAGAAGAGCAAGAGAAGUCAACUGAUGUGGUUACUGGUACGUUGCAUGUGUUCUCUUUUCAUGUGUAUCAAAUUUUUGAUCAAGGAUCCACAUUGUGA